AUUGAACCCCCACUGACCAAAUUUCCAUGGCUUAUUUGCAGAGCUCGGAAUAGUGAUUAGAUUUAAGCUCAAAUGGAGAAUUUAUCAAAUUCUGAUGAAAACUACGAUCUGGGUUAUCAGCUUUCUCCUUCUUCCGUCGAUCAAAUCAACCAGUCAAUUCCAGAAACCCUUGGAUACUCCACGUUUAGUGGCGGUUCUUUCGUGUAUGACAGAACUUUCUCUGGAAGAUCUGCAUUUUCGGAACCUGUUGAUGAUCGUAGCUGUUUUAGUGAAGCUUCGCCUUUUCACUGGGCAGCAACAAGAGGCGGGGCACAGAAUCAAGCUGUUCUUAGCAGGCUUGGAACAAAGAAACUCGAAAAUAAUGCAGAUGAAAAGCAGCUUGAGUAUCUGGAAUCAUUGGAAUUAGAACUUGAAACGACGAGGGAAAGAUUUGCAAAGCUUUUACUGGGAGAGGAUAUGUCAGGGAAUGGUAGAGGGGUCUGCUCAGCAGUUACAAUCUCGAACGCCAUAACCAAUCUCUACGCAACUGUGUUUGGACAAAAUUUGAGGUUGGAGCCUUUGAACCCUGAAAAGAAAGCAAUGUGGAAAAGAGAGAUGAACUGCCAUAUAUCUAUCUGCGAUUAUAUUGUCGAAUUUACUACCAAGUCGCAGAAUUUGCGCGACGGAAGAGCUAUUGAGGUUAUGGAAAGCAGACCAAGACCAGAUAUUUAUGUCAAUCUUCCUGCACUUAGAAAGUUGGAUGCAAUGCUCAUUGAAAUACUGGACAGUUUCGAGGACAGAGAAUUCUGGUACGCAGAGGAAGGGAAUUUGUCGUUGAAUUCAAGCCGAACGGGCUCGUUUCGAAGGGUUGUUAAGAGAGACGACGAGAAAUGGUGGGUGCCAAUGCCACGCGUUCCUCCGUUCGGUCUCCCUGAGAAAGCAAGGAAACACUUGCGACACAAACGUGACUGCGCCAACCAGAUUCACAAGGCAGCUAUGGCUAUCAACACCGGUGUUCUUGCCGAAAUGGAAAUCCCGGACUCGUACGUCGAAUCUCUUCCAAAGAGCGGAAGAGACAGUAUUGGAGACCAGAUUUCCCGGUCCAUGCAUGCGCCAGAAGAAAAAUUCAGCCCAGACUAUCUGCUUGAUAGUCUGAGUAUAGCAUCAGAACACGAAGCACUCGAACUAGCGGACCGGGUGGAAGCUUCGAUGUAUACAUGGAGACGUAAAGCAUGCAUAAAGCAUUCGAAAUCGUCAUGGGGUAAGGUAAAAGAGUUGAUGUCUGACGUCGAUGGAAGUGACAAAAACCAUGUAAUGGCUGAAAGAGCAAAAAGCUUGUUGUUCGCCUUGAAGCAGAGGUAUCCUGAACUUUCACAGACCACCUUGGACACAUGCAAGAUUCAACACAAUCGGGAUGUGGGGCAAGCAACACUUGAGAGUUAUUCAAGAGUGUUGGAAGGUCUAGCUUUCAACAUUGUAGCUUGGAUUGAAGAUGUGUUUUUUGUAGAUACAACAAUUAAAAGUAAAAAAUGAAAAUGUUAUUGCAUAUUUUAUCUACUAUUACAUUACAUUACCUUUCA